AUGCAUUCAUUUAUAACCGGAAAUCCUUUUAAUAAAAAAGCUAUUACUGAUACAAAUAAAUAAAGUUUAUUAAUAAGCUUUAAACUUUUUUAUGAAGAAUCUAAAAGACUCUUAUUAGAAAAUGAAUCUGAAAAAAUACUUUAAGAAAUUAUUAGUGAACAAUUAUAAGAUCUAUUAGUUUUUAGCAUUUAAUUUUCAGAAUUAUAAUGA